AUGUCCACCGAAGCGAACAUUCCCAACGGAAAGGCACCGGUGCACAGCGCCCUGGGGAACAGCUCCCGCGGACCAGGACCCGUGACCGUUCAGCCAGCACGCCUUGGCGAUUUGCAGCCACGUUAUGCCCAGCAGAUCCAGCAUGAUGCCGAUAACCCGGAUGCGCAUAGCUGGUACGCGUCCUUGAUCCAUGGAUUGGGUGAAUGCAUUGGCUUCAUGGGGGCUAUCCCAUGCUGCAUCUGCUGCCCCAACCCGUUCAAGCCAGUUGCGCAGGGUGAGGUCGGUCUGGUAUCCAAGUUCGGACGAUUCGAGCGUGCGGUCGAUCCUGGUCUGGUCAAAGUCAACCCUCUGAGCGAACAUCUUACGACCGUCGACGUCAAGAUCCAGAUCGUCGAAGUACCCCGCCAGGUCUGCAUGACCAAGGACAAUGUCACUCUCAAUCUGACCUCGGUCAUCUACUACCAAAUCAUUUCGCCUCACAAAGCGGCUUUCGGCAUUGCCAACGUACGGCAGGCUCUGAUCGAGCGCACCCAGACGACCCUGCGGCAUGUCAUCGGAGCGCGGGUUCUGCAGGAUGUGAUUGAACGCCGCGAGGAGAUCGCCCAGUCGACGUCCGAGAUCAUCGAGGAGGUUGCGGCUGGAUGGGGUGUCCUAGUCGAAUCGAUGCUCAUCAAGGACAUCAUCUUCAGCAAUGAUCUGCAGGACUCGCUCUCCAUGGCAGCGCAGUCCAAGCGCAUUGGUGAGAGCAAGGUCAUUGCUGCUCGUGCCGAGGUGGAAUCCGCCAAGCUCAUGCGCCAGGCUGCGGACAUUCUAUCCUCUGCUCCUGCCAUGCAAAUCCGCUACCUCGAGGCCAUGCAAGCCAUGGCCAAGACCGCCAACAGCAAGGUCAUCUUCUUGCCCGCCAUCAACCAGACGGUGCAGCAACAGCUGGCUGCAGCUGAGAAUGCCGGCGAGGGUCCAAGCAGAUACGGAGCCGAACCGGCGGACGAUGGGUUCCAGCGCGCGAUGAAUGCCCGUGUGGUGGAAGAUAUCUGA